AUGGCAUCCAUAUUCAAAAAUCAACUUUUAAAGCAUUUGUCGAAAUUUGCCAAAAAUCUUUCUCCUGAUAAGCUGCAUCUUAGCACUUUAAAAGGUCAUGGAGAACUACGUAACUUGGAACUGAAUGAAAAAGUUUUGACAGAACUUCUUGAACUUCCUGCGUGGUUGAACUUGAAAUGUGCCACUUGCAAUCAUGUCACCUUGCAGAUCUCUUGGACUAAACUUAAAUCUGUUCCUAUUUAUUUGUCUUUAGAUGAAGUUAUUGUGGAAAUAGAAACAUGUGAAGAUCUUAGGCCACCAACCCCUAUGUCUAGUGAAGCUAGCUAUAAAUCUGGAGGAAAAUAUGGUUUUUCUGAUCGAGUUAUAGAUGGGAUGACUGUUGUAGUUAAUUCAGUUGUUAUUAAUUUUAAUUCUCCUGCCUUUCAAGCAUCUUUUCAGCUGUCCCGUGUUGUUUUAGAAAGUUAUUGUCCAUUUUUCAAAAAGAAGGAUCUCCGUCUGUCCCGCAUCAAGGAUGCUGAUCGAGGCGAGGUUUUGCUUUUCAAACGUUUGGAAUGGCAAGUGCUGCGUAUAGAAGCAAAAUCACGAGAUAAUGAUGCAAAUGGUCUUCGUGGUGAUAUACCAUUGACUCCACUGAGACUCAUUACAAAUCAAGGUUGCUGCAAAAUGACCAUCAAAAAGAAACUGUGUGAUUGCAGUGUUGUUGGUUCAAGGUUGAUUUUUGUUCUCGAUGAUCUGUUAUGGGUAUUGACAGAUGCUCAGUUGGUUGCUGCUCUCCAUUUCAUCCAGUCUUUAAGUGGCUUGGUGCAAAAGGCUACGGAACUGACACAGAAGCAAAAAGCUAAACAAAAAUUAGAGCAACAACCUGAUAGACAUGUUCCAGGGACUCAUUCCAAAUCAAAUCUACCAUUAUCGCCAGCUUUCUACCGUCAUGAUGUUGUGGAAACUUCGUAUCAUGUUUUGUGCAGUAGAAUAGAUUUGCAUUUGUGUGAUGAUAUGGACCCAAAAGAUGGCAGAUCUCAGCAUCCUAAUUUAAGAGGAGGGGGAGCAUUGCAAGUUUCCCUUGAUAAAUUAAUUGUAGAUUAUUAUCCUUUCCACCGAGCAUUUGCUAGUCGAGAUCAUUGGUUGCAUUAUUCUGAGCCUUCCUCGAGUCGCAGUACUUGGGUCCAGCAACUGUUGACCCUUUUCAAUGAAAAGCUACAAACCAAAACAGAUAGUUUGGCCACGGAGAAUGAAAGUCCCAAGCACAACUUGCAGAAAUCAUCUCCAUCAUCUACUGAAAAUAUAAAUACUGGAUCUCCUGUUACUCCCGAUGAUAAACCUCUACUAACCAGAAAAGCCAGCACAGUUAGUAAUUCCUCCGGCACUUUGACUCCAGAUACGUCUCGAAGGAGUAUCGGAAGCUUCAGUCGAAAAUCGUCUCUGCAGUGGAAUUACCGAUAUUUAAUGUCGAGUUGUUUUGUUCUAAGAUUAGAAGAUAUAGUAGCAUAUAAAGUCUCCACAUCUACAUCGUCUCGCACACAUUCCAUUGAAAAGUUUCUUAUCUAUAAUAAAAGUGCUCACAUGCCAUCCGAUAUCAAAACUAUUCACUUGGAACAGGCAUCAUAUUAUUUACCCGGUGAAAUUGAUUUUCCAGUGCCAUCUCCGAAUUUAUUCCUCCACCUUGGGCCAUUAAAGCUGUAUUUAGAUACUCCCACCAUUUUGUGGAUUAAUGCCUUUUACUUGAAUCUACAAAAAUGUCUUAUGUCCUUGAAAAUGGGUUCUGCUGAAACUCAGUCUCUUGUUAAUAUUAGAGCAGAAGCAUUAUUACCACAAAUUGUUAUUCCGACUGAUUUAAAUUCUCCUACGCAACCUGAUAGACCACGGACCUUACAACUGCAGUCAUCCAGGGCCAUAGCAACCAACUGUCGCUUGGGAGAUCAUACAACUAGAAAUGAUUUAAGUGAAUGCUUAGAGUUCCUGAAUGCAGAUGAAAUGUUUUCUAAUGCCACCAAAUUCCCUUGGAAGAAUGAUAAAAAGCCGAUACCUGAAGCUUUCUUUAAUCAUGUUCUUGGCAAAGAAUGUGAAAACCAAUCUCAGAAAGAUGUGUUAACUGAAUCUACAGAUAUAUGGAGUAUUUAUUUUGAUCCUUUUUGGGCAGAAUUUACUGUGUGUGAAUCGGGAAGGACUAGACUGCAAUCGUUUGUUGAUCCACUGCCACUGACAUUGUGGUUUUAUAGUUCCCAGAAGCCUCAAGAAGUUCUGAGGAAAUCCAUAAACAAGACUAGUGCCGGGAAAUUCAAAAUGCAAAUGCCUAAUAAACAACUUGAGUGCCAAAAAGAUAGUUAUAUAAAUGUUGAAACUUUUUCAAAUUCUACCUAUACAAAUAAUAACAAUUUAAACAACAAUGACAGAGAUGAUGAAGCUGAUGUAUAUUUAUUAAUUCAUAUUAACUCAUUGCUCAAUGUCCAACUGUCUCAUUUUCAGUACUUGUUUGUGUUGCGUGCUGCAGAUAUCAUCACCGAUAUGAUGGAGCAUUUAGAAAUAGACACUGCCACCAUAAUAAAAAAUAAACCCGUUUUAAGUGUCUGCACGAGCAUUUUGUUUCCUCAAAUAGAGCUGUCGUUAGUGUUGCGCAAUCUUAACCAGAUGUCUGCUACGUCCGAAUCCGCAGACUUAGCGUCUUUACAAGACUGUUCAAGUGCCAGUGAUAUUCCUCAAAACUAUGGCAGAAAAAUACUGCAGUCUAAAAGCUCAUUUUCAGUUGGGGAAUGUGAUAUUACCACCAAGAAAGCUCACCCGGAUACACUGUGCUCGGGCAUCUUGGACGAUUGUUGCAUGGAGAAUGGAAUUCCAAAGUCGUGUAGUGAUUCUUUGCUAAACUGUCAUUCUUCCGGUUCCUCUCAGGGGCUGAAUACUCCUAUUCAGGAAAGCCAACCUUCUACUGCUACCGACUCGUUCCAGAAAGGUUUCCAGACAGGGACUUCAGCUAUGAAACGAGGACUCUGCUCCCUGGUCGCCAGCAUCGACUCAGCCCUCACCAAGAGUGACCAGUUCAAUUCCAUGGACGCCGACAGCCCUUCCUUCCCAGAUGAUGAUGCCAUUUCUUUGAGAAGUGAUGUGUCAUCUGAUUUGGAUCAGUUUGUGCUGGUGAACCAGGAUGGAUCGUUAGAAGAUGAGUUCUUCCAGCAUGCUCGUCCUGAAAUCGGAUUUGAUGUUGCCAGCAAAAUGAAGGAAGAUUCAAUAAUCAGCAAUUAUACUUUGAAUAGUGAAAAGAAAAAAGAAAUGGUGUCAAUCACAAUGUUUGAAUUUGGAAAAGUUGCUUUUGUCUACCACUCUAAAUUAGCCAGUAGUGUAUUAAUUCAUUGUAGUCAAAUUGAAACCAAAGAAGAAACAGCUAUUUCAUGGGAAAAUUUUCAAAACAAGUUUUCUUUAAGAGGCCGAAGUUGGAAAAAUGAAGAAAAAAGGAGCUUUGGGGAAUGUGAAUUCAGCCUGCGGCUGGACAAGGAUAAUUCUUUUCCAUCUGAUGGAACCAAAAAUGAACUGGGUCCUGGCUUCUUGAGUAUCCUGGCAAGCAACUUGUAUUUACAGUUCCAGAUGAAUAGUAUUUCAGGAUUAGUAGAGUUCUUUGAAGAUGAAAUGGUCUCCAAACCUAUGCCUUCCAAAAUUAUACUAGAUAAUUUACAGCUUCAACUUCAGGAAGAGCGGCCACCAUCUGGUUUACCCUCACCUAGUAGUGCACCUUUAAAUAUAAGUUUGCCUGGUUGUAUAAUAGAGAGAACUCUUGAUGGAACUUUGAGUGUUCUUCCAUUACCACAUGGUUAUGUUUUAAAGAAUCUUGGCGAUCUUCUAAAUCAUUGUUCCUUUAAUGAAAAUGUUCAGAAGAAAGUAGAUACUCAUAAAUAUGACUGCGGCAGCGAGGACGUUGCCGACACUUCUAUCUGUGAUAAUUCCAGUGAUGAACAGUUAUCGAUCACCAAACUUAUGAGAGAUAACAAAGAACUUAGGUCUAAGCUGAAUUUAAUGAAGAAUUUAGAGCAAGAGAAUCAGAUACUGAGACAGGAACUGAAUUUGCUGCGCAAUACAGUUGUGGAUGACGAAAAGCUGAAACAGCUCUUGGACUCUAAAAAUGAGAUUAGGAGGCUAGAACACGAAAAAAACACAUUGCAAGAGACUUUAAGAUUAUUGCAAAAGGAAGUUAGCAGGCUUGAAAUGGAGAAGCAUUGCCCCCGAAAGAAUUUGUGAAAUUUGGUAAUUUUUACUAUUUGUGUAAAAGAAGUUAUUGCAGCUGUGAUGAUAUUCUUCAUGCUUUGUCUUUAAAGUAGUAAAUGUUAAAUGUUUGAGUGUUGAAUAAGUGUGCUAUGCAACAGUUCAUUUUCUAGGAUAUUAAAAAUUUUUAGACUAAGUCUUUGGCAAGAUCAGGGGUGUCAAACAAAGCUAGUUUUUAAAUGAAUUACUAGUCAUUUUUGAUCUUAACUUUUACCUAGUUUUUACUUUUUGUUCUCAUUAAUCGAUGGCAUAGUGCUCUGUA